CAUGGUCCAUUUUUCAGAGGGAUUUUUGCUUGUGAAUAUGCUUGAGAAGAAAGGGGGAGAAGCCCUUGCAAGAUAUCCCCAGCCAUGAAUAAAUAAUUUCCAGAAGGAAAACUGGUGAAGAAAAACACCGAAGUUGAGCAACUUGAUUCAACUUACCUAUAUUUACUAUGCAGUUUACAUGGUUAAACCUGGAUCCUCUCAUGCUUAAAACCCCACUGUGACUGGUAAGAAGAGUGACUUUUGGGAUCUGCUGAACCUGAAGAUUGCUUGACAGAAGUUUCUGAAAAGGUUUUUGAGUCAUGAUGCAAGAAUCUGGAACUGAGACAAAAAGUAACGGUUCAGCCCUUCAGAAUGGAGCAAGCACUGUCAAUUCCUUACUAGAUUGCACCCUACGUGAAGUAAGACCAAACGGAGAGACACCUUCGUUGGAAAUCGGUGCUGCGGAUCUUGCCCAUCUUCAGCAGCAGCAGGCUCUUCAGGUAGCAAGACAACUUCUGUUACAGCAACAGCAGCAGCAGCAGCAACAACAACAACAGCAGCAGCAGCAGCAUCAACAACAACAACAAGUUAGUGGGCUAAAGUCUCCCAAGAGGAAUGACAAACAGCCAGCCCUUCAGGUUCCAGUGUCGGUGGCUAUGAUGACACCUCAAGUUAUCACUCCCCAGCAAAUGCAGCAGAUCCUCCAGCAGCAAGUGCUAACUCCACAGCAACUUCAGGUCCUGCUCCAACAGCAGCAGGCACUCAUGCUUCAACAGCAGCAGCUCCAAGAGUUUUAUAAGAAACAGCAGGAACAGUUGCAGCUUCAACUUCUACAGCAACAACAUGCUGGAAAACAACCUAAAGAGCCGCAGCAGCAACAGGUGACGUCGCAACAGUUGGCCUUCCAGCAGCAGCUUCUGCAAAUGCAGCAAUUGCAACAGCAACACCUCUUGUCUUUGCAACGUCAAGGUUUGCUAUCAAUUCAGCCAGGCCAGCCUGCUUUAUCAUUGCAGCCUCUUGCUCAAGGCAUGAUUCCAAACGAACUCCAGCAACUCUGGAAAGAAGUGACAGGAUCUCACACAGCAGAGGAAGCGACCAGCAACAACCAUAGCAGUCUGGACCUCUCAACCACAUGUAUCUCUUCUUCAGCCUCUUCAAAGCCCUCCUUAAUAAUAAACCCACAUGCCUCAACCAAUGGACAGUUGUCAGUCCACACUCCUAAAAGGGAGAGCUUAUCCCAUGAAGAACCCUCUCAUAGUCAUCCGCUUUAUGGGCACGGAGUAUGUAAAUGGCCGGGCUGCGAAGCAGUAUGUGAAGAUUUCCAGUCUUUUUUAAAACAUCUCAACAGUGAGCACGCGUUGGAUGAUAGAAGUACAGCCCAAUGUAGAGUACAGAUGCAAGUUGUACAACAGUUAGAGUUACAGCUUGCAAAAGACAAGGACCGCCUGCAAGCAAUGAUGACACACCUGCAUGUGAAAUCAACUGAACCAAAAGCUACCCCUCAACCCUUUUCCAAAUACUUGGGUGGCCAAGGAGGGAAUGACUACUUCAGGUUGCAUUACUGCAGGCUUAAAGGGACAACCAAAUACGAAUUUGGAGAAAAGGAAUUGAAUCUUGUCUCUAAUGUCACGCUUUCCAAGACUGCAUCAGAAGCUUCUCCACAGAGUUUACCUCAUACUCCCACCACCCCAACAGCACCCAUCACUCCUGUUACCCAGGGACCUUCUGUCAUCACUACUACCAGCAUGCACAACGUUGGACCCAUCCGAAGGCGGUACUCUGAUAAAUACAACGUGCCCAUCUCCUCAGCAGAUCUUGCACAGAAUCAAGAAUUCUACAAGAAUGCAGAAGUCAGGCCGCCCUUUACGUAUGCCUCUUUAAUUAGGCAGGCAAUUCUUGAAUCUCCAGAAAAGCAGCUAACACUAAAUGAAAUCUACAACUGGUUCACACGUAUGUUUGCCUACUUCAGACGCAAUGCAGCAACGUGGAAGAAUGCAGUGCGUCAUAAUCUUAGCCUUCACAAGUGUUUUGUGCGAGUAGAAAACGUUAAAGGGGCAGUAUGGACAGUGGAUGAAGUAGAGUUCCAAAAACGAAGGCCACAAAAGAUCAGUGGAAAUCCCUCACUUAUUAAAAACAUGCAGACCAGCCACACCUACUGCUCACCUCUCAAUGCUGCUUUACAGGCUUCAAUAGCUGAAAACAAUAUAUCUCUAUACACUACUGCUUCCAUGGGAAACCCCACUCUGGGCAGUUUAGCCAAUGCAAUGCGGGAAGAUCUUAAUGGUGCAAUGGAGCAUGCGAACAGCAAUGGGAGCGACAGCAGUCCAGGCCGUUCCCCUAUGCAAGCAAUACACCCUGUGCAUGUCAAAGAAGAGCCAUUAGAUCCAGAUGAAAAUGAAGGCCCACUCUCCUUAGUCACCACAGCCAAUCACAGUCCGGAAUUUGAUCACGACAGAGAUUAUGAAGAUGAACAUGUAAAUGAAGACAUUGAAUAAAAAUGUCUGUGACUUUUCCUUCUGCAAAUGAAGAUCCUGGGGAGGGACCAAAAAAAAAAAAACCUUAUCUUUCAGAAUUAGCUGUGAAAUCUCUCCCCACCACUGUACAGUCUGGAAGAUACACUCGGUCCAUUCUGACAGCUAUAAAAUAUGUUAACACUUAGUGCCAUCAAGUAUCCCAUUUGGGAGUAUUUUUGAUUUUUCUACUUUUUGUUGAAAAACAAAGCAAAGGAAUUUGUACUCUGUGCAUUGGAUGGACUUGUUUGGUACUCGGAAUUCCUACUCACAGUCAACAUCAGUGUUGUAAAUGUGUUCCACUAAUUCCCUUAUCCACAACUUGGCAGCAGACUUUGGACUGCAGAUCUUCCACUAUGGGACACUGAAGACAUGAAGCUGAGCAUGUACACAUCAAUUGCAGAUCAAGCCUUUACCCGGAUUUUAAGGAUUUCAGUGGACAAUAUAUUUGCACAGUAUCGCAUGUUGAUUAUCACUGCCUUUACUUUUUUUUUUUUUUUUUGCUUCCAUUUGGGAUGGGGAAAUCUUUUUGAGUGUGCGUGUGUGUGUGUGUGUAUACUAAAGGGUUAAAAGAAGAAAAAACCCUCUUUUUUUAGUGUAUAGCUUUAAUUUUUUUUCCCUCCUAGUUCUCCUAUACCUUUUUAAGUUCUGACCUCAGGCCUCAAUUGGCCAGGGCCUUUUGAGGCUUAAUGUUUUCUGUACUUUUGUGAUGAAUGUUAAUAGGUGUGUUUAUUAUACAAAGCUGAAUGUUCUUUGAAUCGUUUGUAGUUCUUUUUCUGCCAUCCAUUCCAAAUUUCCUUCAGAUGCCAUUAUGUUUUCUUUAGCUAUGGAAAACAUUCCAUUUUGGACUAUAUGCCCACCCACCCCCACACACACACCCGACUCUGAAAAAGUUCUAAAAUGCUGCUGUGACCUGUGCAAAGUUAAGAAAGGCAGUAAUUCAAGAGUGAACUAACCAGCAUCAAAGCCGUAGAAUGUGGUUCUAAAGUCAUUCCACAGAGUGUCUAUGUUUGUGUGUGCAUGUGUGUACAUGCACAUAAAACCAUUGUUUGUGGGUUCCCACUCAACAUCCCCCCCACCUUGUUGGUUUUUCCUUAUUUGCAGCAGUUGUGAAUAUUUAGGGAGACAUUGAUAGCCCCUUCAGAAAGUGCACACCCUACAGAUGUUGUCAAAAAGAAGUAUAAAUGUGUAAGGCUUUUGUGCGUUUAACUUUUGAAAAUAAGUCCCUGGGCCAAUCAAAUCUUUCUGAAGUGUGUUAGCACGUGUACCAUUACAUUCUUAUUUGCCCACAUGCCUCAUUGGACAUUACUCGUGGUGGUUCUUCCAAGUUAAGUUGUUUGAGAUUUAAUUGGUGGCAUCCAUCAGUUUUAAGUUGUUGCAUUCAAUUCGUUGGGAAGGCAAUAAGGCCCAUUAGUUGUUAAGUGUUAGUAGUUUUGCCAUUGCAGAUAAGAUCAUUACACAAUAUCACACCAACCAGUAUAAAAAACGAACAGUCUGAUGAAAUCUGUGGGUAAACCAGCUCUGAUGCCAACAACAGUCUUCUUCAGAGCAAGAGUGGGCAGACAGCUGCAGUUCCAAUGUUGGUACUCCUUGAUCACCAAACUCCUAGUGACUUCAUUCUCUAACCACUUUUCAGUAAUUUACUCAUUUAUGUCGGACUAUAGCUUUUAAUUUCAGAAGUCUUUCUGAUCUUAAUUUAUAUUCUACUUUGUACCCUUCUCCCCUAAAGUUACCAAAGAUAUUACACAAAGUAAAUUAUGUUCUCUGUUAUAUGCUUUAUCUUAUGAAAGCCAAAUAUCCUCUUAUUGUUGAUCAAAGGAGGUUAAAGAAUUACGAAGCAAAUGACAAAAUAAUGGGCUACAGCUAACCUGAGAAGGAAAACUGCUCCUUUAUUAAAGUAUAAUUUAGAAGACCAAGUAGAUGGCUGAACCAAAGUUUUUGCUGUUGUCGUUUUGAUUUGUUUUUUUUUUCUUUACAGUGACCAAAAGUAUUUCUGUAAAGAGAGAGCUUUUUAGGCUGAAGUUAGAGAAUGAGACCUUGAGAAGGGCACCAUUUGACAUUGAGGAUAUAGGAGGAGAACUUAUUUUGACGGGGGGGAAAACUAGAAUGACUUGAAUCGGAGAGAGUUUACACGAAAUACAAAAGAGUACUCAUGACUGAAACUGAACCAUACCACAGUUACUGAAGAAAUUGUUGGUAUGCUUUUGUUUGGGGUUUGACCUAUUCACUUUUGCUAAAAGCCAAUGCCAGGGCAAUUUCUUUUUCACUUUGCUUACCUGGGGCCCAAAUUUUGAGAAUGACUGUGGUGAUGGUUGUGUUGGUCUCUGCCCAUCCCAUUUCGUUUCAGGGUUUCAUUUUUUUAAAAAUAUGGUAGCAUCCCUGUUCCUUUCCAAACAUUGUUACCAUCCAGGCCAAUUUGGCGGGAGGGGGGUGGAGGCGUUGCCAUUAAUUUCAAAAUAGCAAUUCGUUUUUAACUUUUUUUCCCUCUUCUUUUUUUCCAUCAGAGAAAUAUGUAAAGCUUUUUUUUCUGACUUCUUUUUUUUUUUAAAGGAGGGCAGUCUGUAAGUCAUUUGAAAUGUUCUGAAACACAUCAUAUUCAGGCAGCUCUAUAAUGUGCAGGCCAUAACCAGGAGGGACAUAACAAAAACAAAAAACUGUCCCUUCGGUUCAAAACUCAGUGGUUUUGCUGGUUAGCUUGGUAUUCAGAAAGGGGAUAAAAAUCUGGUAGAUUAGUUCAUUCUCAGCAUGUGUAGCUAGACAUGAGUAAAGAUAACAGCAUGAGAAACUGUUAGUACGCAUACCUCAGUUCAAACUGUUAGGGAAUGAGUAAAAAAAAAAACUACAUUUCACUCAAUUGCACUUAGUUGUAUGUCUUGCAUGCAUAGACUAAAGACUGUAGCAAAAUUUAAAAAAAAAAGAAAUGUUUUAAAAAACCUACCAUACCUUGCAGGUAUCACUGCCCUGCAGAAGAACCAAGAGGAGAUCUCAGGCUUUACAUCAAGCAAACUACACUAUUUUUUACAAAUUUCAGAUUCUGUGUCCCUUUGGAUCAUAACAAUGGUUCCUCUGGGCUCGGGUUUAUGAUGUUGUACAUAUAUAGCCCAUUGUGUCUCUUGUGAUCCUGUUUUGUCAUUUGGCGGGUGGGGGUGGGUUGUCAAGGGAAAACAGGAAAAGGGGGGAAGACGUCCUCUUUUUUUAAAUUAAAAAAAAAACAUUCCUCCAAAGGAAUUAAUGCAGAUGUUUGUCAAAACAUCUUUUGCUUUUUGUGCAACUGCUUUAUAUUAACCAUACUUUGACAAAUACUUUGGGACGAGAAAAAAAAACCUACUGUAUGUAACGGAAUUGCAGAAUAUGCUGCACAUGUAUUUCAUUUAGUUACCCUUGCUUUAAGACUGUGGGAUGCCAUUUGCUGACAUGUGGGAGAAAAAUCCCAAUUUCUUUGUUUUUAUUUGGUAAUUUUCCCCCUCUCCCUCUUGGCUUCUGAACUGUAACAUAGUAGGCAGGUUUUUUUUCACCCCUCCCUCCGUCACAGAUCAAAUCAUGUUUGUAUACGUUUGUUUCAGAGAUUUUGUUUUUCAUUAUUAUUAUUUUGUUCGUUUUGUUGUUCUCACGCUAUUUGUUCUUUAAAUCCUUUCUCCGCCUCUUGUUAUCCCCAUCUCUGCCUAUUCGGGCGACCUUAAGGAAAAAGAAGAAGAAAAGAGAGUUUCAAAAGUUGUUUUUGUUUCCUGCUGCAGUAAAUACUUUGCAUGAUGAUUUUUCCAAGGUCACACUUUCAAAGCUUAUCAGUAAAGUAGUGAUUGAUAAUGGAAAAGUGUCAAAAAUAUUGAACUUUUGUAUAAAAUGAAAUACUUUACAAGGUGCCAAGAUGUAAAGACAGUUUGUUACAUGGGUUCUGUUUUGGUUUUUCCUUUUCUCUCAGAAAAGCAAACGCGAUAAAUGAAGUACCACAUAUAUCAGGUGAAACUGCUGUUAGGAAUGAGUCAAAGCCUACCUUAUCAUCCCACAGCCCUUUCUAGGCUGGUUGGACCUUCUUUCUUUGCCCUCCUGAGCCUGGCCAAGGCUGCCUUCAUUAGGUGUGGGUCUCCUGAUGCAGCACAGGAGGCAGAAAGGUUUUCCUGACCAGGUGGAUACCAAAUAGGCAGCAGAAUUGCAGACUCCUACUCUAUUUGUCGAUCUCCAGAUGGCAGGGAAAAACCGACCCCAGUCAGUAGUAACCCUAGUCCUGUUGAAUCCUCCUGAAUAUUCUUUUUUUCACCUACAAGCAGGCAUCUCAUGUUCUAUAAAGACUGUCCCUUCCUUGGAUUAGAACAGCACAGUUCAAAUGCUUCAAAUUUACCCGGAUUUCUGUUUUCUACCAAAAGUAGAAGAAAAGAGGAGUAAGAGAAUCGAGGCUCAUGCUUAAGGAUUUUUGUGGGGAGGUGGGUGUUGAAAGGGGAUGGAAAUCUCCUUUAGGAGAUUCCAACCAUAAUAUCCAUGAUCAGGGGUAGGGGAAAAAUGAAUAAAUCGUAUUAUUCUUCAAAUAAUACAGAUCAUUAGAUAUUUUUUAUAUAUAAAUAUAUAUAUAUAUAUAUAUAUCUCAAAGUUUUUAAACAAAUAAUUUUGAAGUAUUGUAGUUUUCAGAAUGCUGACAAGCUACAUUCCUUAUAACAGGGAGAAUGUGUUUUAAACUCUUGCAGAGCUUUUGGUACAUUUUUAGUUAACAGACUUGGAUAAGAGUUUUUAGAUGUUCCAGAAACAAUUCCUCAUUCUUAAGUCUUCAAAAUUGCAUUUGCUGAUCUAGUCUACAUUUUCCCACAAAUCCAAUGUAGGUAACAGACUAUUUCCUUCCUAUAUAAGCCUUGAUGAAAAUGGUACAGUCAGACUGUUAGCAUGGUGCUUCAUGUGUAUGUGCUGCCAGUAAUGAGAUUCUCCUUUUAUUUUAUUUUUAGGCAUACAAAAAACUCAUUCCUUACAUCAACUGUAAUUCCAUCAUUCCAUGUCUGUUGAUGCAGACAAUAAAAUGUUAUGUAGUCAGUACUUAUUACUGACAUUAUAGCAUUCUCUAAUGCAAUAAAAGUGCUGGUUGUUCACACUGGU